UCGAAAAAAAAUUCGAAGCACAAGCGAGCGACGAAAAUGGCGGGCUAACCCCAAUCAAGACGCCUCUCUCGUCUCCUCUUCCUCCUCCGCUUCUUCAAAACCCUAGAAUCUCGAUCGUUCCCCCCUUCACCAAUCGAUCCCCUCCAAAACCCUAAUUCCCUCCCCCUCUAUCCCUUCCUCACCCCUCGGAUGGAUCCCAACCCCCCCGUACGCUGCGUCGACAACGAGGAGGUCGCGCUUUAUCUGCGGAGGAAGCGCCAGGAGAUGGCGGAGAAUCCCAAUGGCUUGUCGGAGAACCUCGACAUGACUCUCUCCACCGCAUAUCGCAACAUCUGCAGCGCCAAAACCCCAAUCAAAACCCUCAAGGACUUGUCGCAGAUCAAGGGCGUUGGCAAAUGGAUCUUGAGGCUCAUGAAAGGGUUCUUCCCAGAGAUUAGCUCUGAUGUAUCUCCUUCUAAAGAACCGGUUCAGCAAAAGGGAAAGAAGACGAAAGGACCGAAAGUACCAAAAGGACCAAAGCGUUAUCUACCACAAAAGAACUCAGUAGCGUAUGCGUUAUUGAUCACCCUUUACAGAGCAAUGGCAAAUGGGAGUGGUUUUAUGAAGAAGCAGGAGCUUAUUGAUGCUGCUGAAGCUAGUGGGCUUUCACGUACUUCAAUUGCGCUAGAUAAGAGUAAAGGAAAACCCGGGCAAUUUGGGAGUUCACCGAGGGAUUGGUACACUGGAUGGAGCUGCAUGAAGACAUUAAUAUUGAAAGGAUUAGUAGUCAAAUCUAGCUGCCCAGCAAAGUAUAUGCUAACCCAAGAAGGGCAAGACGCUGCACGUGAUUGCCUCUCAAGAUCUGGGUUAGGCGAUCCUUCUGGAAACUUGACUCUAGAUGGUGGAUCUGAUGAUUCUCUAGAAAGGCGAGGUUCUGCUAAUUCAGAACCUGUAUCUUGUGCUUCAGCUCAUCAUGAGAUGAUGUUGGGGUCGGUGGAUUUAAGCUAUCAAGUGAAGCUAAGUGACAUCACAAAUGUUGUUGCAGAGAGGAACCUUCAAAUUGGACAGGCUGGCCCAUCUUACUCUGACUCUGCAGAAUUCAGUGGAAAGAAUCGUUCUUCAUUGUUGAUUGCACGAUCCUCUGUAGAUAUUGAUUGCUCAGUUCAGGUUUCUGCUGAUUCAGCUCGGUGCUCAUCUCAUCUGCGGGCUUGUAGUUCAUUUGGUUCUCCAGCAGACAGAACAUCUUGUAAGGACAUUACUGAUGGGGAUAUCAAUUUACUUGCUAUGCCUCCUUGUAGAGCUGGGGAGAAAUUUGAAAAAACCUAUGAUGUUAUUUUGAUAUUGGACGAUCGUGAAAACUUUGGGUCUCGUUCAAGAAAAGUUGUAGAUAAUAUACGCUCCCAAUUUGGUAUUUUUGUAGAGGUUAGACGCUUGCCUGUUGGAGAUGGAAUUUGGAUUGUUCGACAUAGACAACUGAACAAGGAGUAUGUUCUUGACUUUAUUGUUGAAAGGAAAAAGGUUGAUGAUCUAUGCAGCUCGAUUAGGGAUAACCGAUAUAGAGAUCAGAAAUUGAGGUUACAGAGAUGUGGACUGAGCAAGCUGAUAUAUCUUGUUGAAGGUGACCCAAAUUCCCUGGAAGCUGCAGAAAGUAUUAAAACAGCCUGCUUCACCACAGAGAUCUUAGAAGGAUUUGAUGUGCAGAGGACUAGUGGUUUUGCAGAUACUAUAAGGAAAUAUGGUUACCUUACGCAGUCAAUAACACAAUAUUACAGUACACACCUCUCUUAUGGGUCUCGAAGAUCAAGAGUUUGCCCCUCGUUUGAUGAGUUUGUUAAGAAGUGUCAUGAUCUUGAGAAGAUGACAGUUAGUGAUGUAUUUGCACUCCAACUCAUGCAGGUCCCACAAGUUACAGAAGAGAUUGCACUUGCAGUUAUAGCCAUAUAUCCUACCCUUUUAUCACUUGCUCAGGCCUACUCCCAGUGUGAAGGAGAUGUUCGUGCCCAGGAGGAGAUGUUAAAGAACAAGAAUGCGAAAAUAAGUGGCGUUGCUAGUAGAAACAUUUUUAAGCUGGUAUGGGGAGCUUGAUAAUAUAUCCACUGUUUGAUGCGCGAAAGAUGUUUCAAUCUCCAGUAACAUUCAAAGUCAGCAGCUCGAUGACUUACAUAGUUAUUAGAAAGCUCUUCUUUUGCUAACUGAUACAGUUUAGGCUUUGUAUUACUGCAUGCCUUGCGCCGACGAAAGCAGAUUGAUUUUGGAUGGUUUAAUCAUCAAAAAAAAGAGGAAAAAGGAAGUGGCAAUGUGUAUCUUCUUUCCCUUUUCUCCCUUAAGAUCAUGGUGCUCCUCUUAAGUUAAUACUAUGUUUAUUGCUUCUCUUGUUGUAUUUGUACACUUGGACUAUCCACCCUGUUAAUGUUAAAUCCGAUGAGCUGCUGUUGUUACUA